AUGUACAAGACCGCCCUCCUUGGUCUCCUGGCCUCGAGCCCCGUCUCGGCCCAGCUCAACAGCCUGGCGCAGGCCGCCGGACUUCAGUACUUUGGCACCACCGUCGACAACGGAUAUCUUAGUGAUGAGGCAUACAAGGCCAUUGCCGAUGACACCGAAGAGUUUGGUCAGCUCGUCCCCGAGAACGGUCAGAAGUGGGACUCGACGGAGCCGACAAAGGGAACGUUUUCCUACGAAAAGGCCGACGUCGUUCCGGACCUUGCCAAGAAGAACGGACAGAUUCUGCGAUGCCAUGCUCUGACUUGGCACAGCCAACUUCCCAGCUGGGUGUCGGGUGGCAGCUUCUCGAAGGAGGAACUUACAUCCAUCAUUGAGGCUCACAUCUCCAACGUUGUUGGUCACUACAAGGGCGACUGCUAUGCUUGGGACGUUGUGAAUGAGGCCAUUGGCGACGAUGGUAACUGGCGGGAUAGCGUCUUCUACCAGACUCUCGGCACUGACUACCUUGCCAUCUCGUUCAACGCCGCCCGCAAGGCGGAUCCCGAUGCCAAGCUGUACUAUAACGACUACAACCUCGAGGGCAACGGUGCCAAGACGGAGCGCGCCCUUGAGCUCGUCAAGAUCGUCCAAGAUGCCGGUGCCCCCAUCGACGGUGUUGGCUUCCAGGGCCACCUCAUCGUCGGCCAGACCCCCUCGCGCGCUAACCUCGCCACUGUCCUGAAGCGCUUCACUGCCCUCAACAUCGAGGUCGCCUACACCGAGCUCGACAUCCGCCACGCCUCUAUCCCCGCCUCCGAGUCCGCUCUCAAGACCCAGGGUGACGACUUUGCCAACGUCGUCGGAUCCUGCCUUGAUGCCGAGGGCUGCGUGGGUGUGACCAUCUGGGGAGUUUCUGACAAGUACAGCUGGGUGCCUAACACUUUCAGUGGUGCUGGUGAGGCUCUCAUCUACAACGAUCAGUAUGAGAAGAAGCCCGCCUGGACUAGCAUUUCUAGCUUGCUCGCCGCCGCUGCGACUGGCUCCAGCGGCAAGGCCUCCACCGCUACCAGCGUCGCUCCCGUUGUCGAGACUUCUGCUCCAGCCACGACUCUCGAGACCCGAACCAAACCCGCCGUCUCCAUCUCCGAGGCUGCCCCUGCCCCUGAGCCCACAAGCCUCAUUGUGACUCCCUUCCUUAACAACACUGCCACUCAGACCACCCUCGAGAUCCGAACCUCUGCUGCCGCCCCCAUCGCCUCUGAAGACCAAGAUGAUGAGGACUGCGACGAUGAGGAGCAGCCUGAGCCCUUCCCCACCUAUGCCGUCCCCGGAAACAGCACCACACCCAUCAACGGCACCGUGCCC